AUGCGCUUUACAUUCGGAGGAAUCGGACCGUCUUCUAUUGAGAUUGUUUUAUAAGGAUGCCAGAUUCUCAGCAGAGGAAUUACAUAAAGAAGUAUUCGACUUAAAGAACAUCUCCAUUUUUGAGGAAAUAAAUAAAUUCCUACUAAACGCAUCAGACUAUACAGGACAUCACUUUUUAGCCUUAACUGGAAAAUGGCGUGUGGACAUUGUUUCGGAACAGUCCGGAGCCAAAAAUAGAACCAACCAACCAACCAACCAACCUCAAACUUUUUUUUGGAGAAUUUAUACUACGUUCUCCAAGUCUCCAGUUGUUCACUAAUUAAUCGGUUUUUAUUGAAAAGAUUUUGUUAUCCAGUUAUAAUGUCGUUUGCGGGAAAAGUAGUUUUAAUAACAGGAGCUAGUUCAGGAAUAGGAGCAGCUACUGCUAUUCAUCUGGCAAAACAAGGUGCGUCAUUGUCAAUAACCGGACGCAAUAAAGAUAAUCUGAAUAAAGUUGCUGCGCAAUGUGGGCAGUCUAAGACACUUAUUGUGACAGGAGAACUUACUGUUGAAAAUGAUGUGAAAAAUAUCAUUGAGCAGACUAUUAAACACUAUGGUAAACUAGAUGUUUUAGUUAAUAAUGCUGGAUGUUUGGAAAAUGGCAGUAUAGAAUCUACAAGCUUGGAACAAUAUGACAAAAUUUUUAAUUUAAAUGUUCGUUCUGUAUACCAAUUAACAAUGCUUGCAACACCUUAUUUAGUUGCAACUAAAGGCAAUAUUGUCAAUGUCUCCAGUGUUACUGGGAUAAAAUCUUUCCCAGGUAUUCUUGCAUAUUGUAUGAGCAAAUCAGCUGUAGACCAAUUAACACGCUGUGUUGCCUUAGAACUAGCAGGGAAACAAGUACGUGUGAAUGCUGUUAAUCCUGGUGUCAUAGUGACGAAUCUUCAUCAUACCAGUGGAAUGAAUGAUGAGCAACUGAAGAACUUCUUCGAACAUAGUGGAAAGACACAUGCUUUGGGAAGAGUAGGCAAGCCUGAAGAAGUUGCGAAGACUAUUGCAUUUCUAGCAAGCAAGGAUGCUAGUUUCAUCACAGGUGCAACAUUACCUGUGGAUGGAGGUAGACAUGCUAUGUGUCCUCGUUAAAGAAACUUCAUACAAUUUAAAAAUUGUAUAUUUUUUCAUGGAUACAUAAUAUAAUGUGUUGUUCCAUUUACAAAUAGUUCUAUAUUAAAACAUACAGAAAAUUUA